UAAUCUUUAAAAGUAAACUAGCACCGAUGCAACAUGGCUGCCAAAUUAACGACUGGUUUAAUUUUCAAAGCAUUAUUUUUAAAAAAUCAAGAAGUUAGAUUUGUCAGUUUGGCGUAUAAACUUCCAAUAAGACGCUACGCUACAAAAUUGGCAGAAGUGGGCGUUUUAGAAACACCAAAAUCCCAAGGAAAAUAUGAAACUGGCCAGUUAUUUCUACACAAAGUCUUUGGUUACAGAGGUGUGGUGUUAUUUCCAUGGAUUGGAAAAAUUUAUGAUAGAGAUCUUGCAUUUAAAGAUGAAAAGUCAUCAUCAACUUCAUCCUUUACAAUCAACAAAGAUGUCAAGGCUAAAAUAUUGACAUACUACCAGGUACUCAUGGACACCAGAGACUCACCACAUGUGAGAGUGGGUACAGAAACUGUGACUUUCCUGAGUAACCAAGACAACAAUAGUACUCUAUACUCCAUACCAGGCUUAGACUACAUAGCCCAUGAAGACAUCCUACCCUACAAGACGUCAGAUGAGCAGCCCAUCAAGAACCAUCUCUUUCAGAAGUUUUUCUCAUCCGCUGUCAAAAAUGGAGUCCUUAUGGCACGAGAGUCCUUACAAGAUUGGCAGAGUAAGAACUAUGCAUGGCUCGAACUGACAGAUAUUCACAGAGAGACGACAAAGAACAUUCGAGUCACCGUCAUGCCCUUCUAUAUUGGAUCCAGGGCUCCAGUUCAAUCAAAAAGAGUCAGAAGUAGGGCAAGAAGAAGGAGGUCACUCAAUCGCGGUGACCUAAGUCGGGAAGUUCAACAAACACGUGUCUAUUGGUGGCGAUACUGUAUCCGCAUUGAAAACCUCGGAGAUGAGAGUGUUCAGUUGAGAGAACGUCAUUGGAGGAUAUUCAGUCUAUCAGGAACCUUGGAAACCGUCAGGGGGCGGGGCAUAGUUGGACAGGAACCAGUGUUCACAAAAUCACAGCCGGCAUUUCAAUACACAAGUCAUGUUUCGCUUCAGGCUCCCAGCGGCCACAUGUGGGGAACCUUCAAAAUGGAGAAGUCAGAUGGCAGUUCAUUCGAAUGUAGAGUUCCGCCAUUCUCGUUGGAAAGCAAACCAGAGGAUAACUCUUCAACGCCGCAUGCCUUCCUUACAUGAUUCGAACGUGUAAUUUAUCUUGUAACAUUAAGCUUGAUUUUAUAUAACUGUACAAAACGAUAUUUUUGAUUUGUUGCCGAUUACUUUAGAUUCCGAUUAUAUUGUAAUGAUGCGAAGAGCAACAGUUAUUCAUUAUGACGUUUUAAGUGGUCUGAAAAAAAUUAAGUUUAUUAUUCGAAUUAACUUUUACAUUUUCUUUACUAAUUCGCUUUUAAAAUGUAAA